AUGAAUUCUAAGCCUUCAAAUCCAGAUCAAAAUAAGAGCGUUUACGUAUCUGAAUUGAAACUCCGACCACCGGGACCACCAGGAAAACGAGGAAAACGUGGUAAAAAAGGCGAUUCAGGAGAACAAGGACCAGCGGGUCAACCUGGUUAUCCUGGAAAGAAUGGAAUUCCGGCUGUAAAAGGACAAAAAGGCGAUCGUGGAAUUAUGGGUCCAAUUGGUUUAGAUGGUCCCAAAGGUGAACCGGGUAAACCAGGUGAUAAAGGUCAGAAAGGUGAUGUGGGUCAUCCAGGGAUCGAUGUUUUCCAGACUGUAAAGGGAUUAAAGAGAUCAGUUACAACACUACGUGGCGGAACUUUAGGUUAUGCGGAAAUUGUUGCAGUAAAGGGUGAACCUGGUGAACCAGGUCCACCAGGACCACCAGGGCCACCAGGUAAUGUUGGAACACCUGGAAAAGAUGGUACAAGAGGACCACCUGGAGAAACCGGACCACCAGGAUCUCCAGGUGAACCUGGUGAACCAGGACCAAUUGGACCACCAGGAACAAUAGGACCGCCAGGACCAAGAGGUGAAAAAGGACAAAUGGGAUUCCGAGGAUAUCCAGGUUUACCGGGAAGACAAGGCCAAAAAGGUGAACAAGGGCAUUUUGGUAAACGUGGUGACAAAGGUGAUAAAGGUGAACGUGGACCAGCAACAACAAUAAAUGGUGGUGAAAUACCAACUGGUCUGAUUGAAGGACCACCAGGACCACCUGGACCGCCUGGACCUCCUGGAAUACCUGGUUCAAGAGGAGAACCGGGUCCAAUUGGGCCACCUGGACCACAAGGUGAAAAAGGACCUAGAGGCAAACGUGGAAAACGAUUAUAUGGACAAAAUGGUAAAGAUGAUGAUUAUGAUGAUACACCGGUAACAUUACUUAGAGGGCCACCAGGACCACCAGGAGCAGCAGGACGUGAUGGUAUUGAUGGUAGAGAUGGUGCUAAAGGUGAACGUGGUGAACCAGGACAACCUGGUUCAUUAGGACCUCGUGGAUUAGAUGGAUUACCUGGUGAACCAGGUAUUGAAGGACCUCCCGGUUUACCAGGAUAUCAAGGACCACCAGGUGAAAAAGGUGAUCGAGGAGAUAUUGGUCCACCAGGAUUAAUGGGUCCACCUGGAUUACCGGGACCACCAGGUUAUCCAGGUCCAAAAGGUGAUAAAGGAGAUCGUGGCGAUUCAAAGUAUAGGAAAAUGAGAAGGCGGCAAGAUAUACAAGAUGGAAUGAAUGAUGCACCAUAUGCACCGACAAUAGAAUAUUUAUAUGGACCACCAGGACCCCCAGGACCGCCAGGCCCAAUUGGACAUCCAGGAUUACAAGGUGAAAGAGGUUUCGAUGGAAGAAAAGGUGAUAGGGGUGAAAAAGGCAUUAAAGGUGAUCAAGGACCUAUGGGAUUACCGGGCCCAAUUGGCGUACGAGGUGAUUCUGGCCCAGUUGGUCCAGUUGGAAAACCAGGUCAUCCGGGUCCACCUGGACUGGAUGGUAUGAAGGGUGCACAAGGUGACAUUGGACAUAAAGGGGAACGAGGAGAACCUGGUCUACCUGGUACUGAUGGUAUUCCAGGAUUAGAAGGGCCAAGAGGUGAAAAAGGUUCAAGAGGAGAUUUAGGACCUCCUGGAAAACGUGGUCGUAAAGGUGAUCGUGGUGAAAAAGGUGAACAAGGUGUACCUGGAUUAGAUGCUCCAUGUCCAUUAGGUUCUGAUGGUUUACCAUUACCAGGAUGUGGUUGGCGGCCACCAAAGGAACCUGUUAUACAAACACCAAUCUAUAAGGAUUAUUUACCGGAUGUUACAGGGCCAGACAAUAAUAACGAUAGUGAUUAUGAACCAGAUGAUGAAGAAGAAGAAGAAGGAGAAUUUCAAAAUAUGGUUGGAAGAAAUACAGAAACAUUAUAAAAAUAUUAAUUCCAAUAGUGUUAAAGAUGAUUCCUGAUUAUUGAAAUUUAACUGAUGUUCCAUUUUUCAUACAUAUAAAAUAUUUUUUAAUAAUUUUAUUUAAUUCAAUUAUAUAAUGUAUAUAUAUCAAAAAUAUUCUCGUUACACUAUUCAUUAUCAAGGAAAAUCUUAUUACUUAAUCUGUAAUAUUAAAUUUUCCAAAUUUGUCAUAUUAUUUUGCUUUCAAUU